UAAUUUCUAAUGGAAAAGGGUCAGAUCGCUGAAGUAAAAAAUGUAGGGACUAGAUAGGCAUUUUUAAACCCUUCUUAUCCUUCUUCUUUUGAAACCCGAUCGAUCAAAUUUCCUUCAUGCCUCUGCGGCGAUCGACGAGCUCCGAGGUUCCGAUCUCCAAAGGUUCGUCAUAUUGUUUGUUUCUGAUAAGGUUACUGCUCCUUUUCUCUAUAUUCAAUAGAGAGCCUUGAGAUUAACCAAUAUGGCAACUCGACGGAAUUUUCGCUACACUCCUCUUUCUCCGGAGGAUAGGGAUGAUGGUAUCGGUAGUGACGAAAGGGAAGAAGACCUUCGAUUUGCUUACAAUCCGAAGUCCUUAAACAGGAUACCGUGGAAAUCAAUUUGUCUUGCGCUUUUUCUCCUUUUGCUGGGAUCGCUAUUGCUCUUGCUUUCCUACUUUAUAUUCACAGGUCACAUGGAGGGCGAUCGAUCACAAGCAUAUGGUCUCCUAUUCCUUGGUCUUCUUUCCUUUCUUCCUGGAUUUUAUGAGACGCGCGUUGCUUAUUAUUCGUGGAGGGGAGCGCCAGGAUAUACUUUUGCUUCGAUCCCCAGUUAUUAGUUUUUUUUUUUUUUUUUUUUUUUUUUUUUUUUUUUUUUUUUUCCUUUUUGUCUUUUCCUGUGAGGGCUAUAUGCUCGACGACGACGAACUAAGACUAAGAUGAGGCAGGAUCUCAUGAACAGCAACUAUCUUUUUCUUUUCUUCACUCAAAUCCUGUUGUAAUUUUGGUAGCAUGAUAAUGAUGAUGCUCUUUCUACUACUUUUAUUCUUCGAAGGGAGAGAUGGGGAUAUUCUGGAAGCAUUGGUAUCUGAAAUUUUCUUUUCCACGA